AGAAAGUAGUCGACAAAGCCAAAUUUCCACAGAAUCUCCACCGAUAUGGCGGCGGCACAAGCGGUGGUCUCAGCCAAGUGGCUUGCGGACGCAAUAAGAAACGGUCUCGUUGGCUCCAAGAUUCGGGUCCUGGACUCGUCAUGGUACACCCCAGCAACUAAACGGGACCCGAAAGCGGAGUUUGCAGAGAGGCACAUCCCGGGAGCUUCAUUUUUCGACAUGGUGGAGUGCAGUGACCGGAGCUCACCCUACUGCUUCACGCUCCCUGCGAGCAAGCACUUUGCACGCUACGUGGGUGAGCUGGGCAUCUCCAACGACACGCAUGUGGUGGUGUAUGACGCGCACGAGUUCGGUUUGUACACCUCGCCGCGAGUUUGGUGGAUGUUCCGACAGUUCGGCCACAGCUCGGUGUCGGUGCUCGACGGGGGCUUGAAGCACUGGUUGGCCGAGGGGCGUUCGGUGACGUCGGGGGAAGACGCGAAGCCCGAGCGCAAAGAUUUCCAGGUGACCACGAACCCUGCUUGGGUGAAAACUUACGAGGACGUGCUGGAGAACAUCAGCACUAAGAAAGUCCAAGUGGUGGACACCAGGCCUGCGGGCAGGUAUAGGGGGCUCGAACCGGAGCCCAUAGAGAAAACGUUACCUGGCCACUUCCCCGGUGCAGUCAACCUGCCAUUUACCUCCUUUCUGGACUCCUCUGGAAGGUUUUUGGCCAACGAGGACCUGUCCAGAAAAUUCAAGGAAGCCAAGCUCCAGUUGGACCAGCCGCUGUGGGCCACCUGCUCUUGCGGCGUGACGGCUUGCUUUGCUAUUCUGGUUGCUCAGUUGCUCGGACGCCAGGACGUGUGCCUUUAUGACGGCUCCUGGUCCGAGUGGUUUCAGAGAGCGUCUCCUGAGCACAUCAUCUCUGAGGGAGAGGGAAAGAAAAUGUGAGAGAUCUGUGUUACAACUGGAUGAAAUAUUAGCAUUAGCACAGUUUCUAACACCAAAUUAACUUGUUACUCAAGUAGCAUUGAUACUUGAACUAUGCAGCAGUUUGCAGAUACCUCUAUCGUACCUUUUUAUGCUAUUCAUCUAUAUCACAUAGUACAAUAUAUGUUUGCAGUGUAUAAAAAGCAAUUGAUGUUUGUUUUAAUGACGAGUAGGCUUUUAAUAAAUCAUGCAUCAAUUGUA